AUGUUGGAAGUUAUAGACGAGAGGGGUCAUCCGGAUACGAUGCCAGAAAGUUGCCCCGUUGAGAAACUUUACAUAUACAGGACAGUGUCAGGAAGGAGGUUCGACACACCUGGUUUUGUUUGGAUUAUUGCUGAAGAUGAUGCACCUGGUUUUGUUUGGAUUAUUGCUGAAGAUGCAUCAUCGACUCCAUAUAGCAACGGUUGCAAUACUCGUUAUGGUGGGGUUGAAGCUCGUGAGCCAUCGAUUUUACUCUUUUUUUAAGCAGCUUCGCAGCAAUUAGUCACAAAUAAUGAGUUUAAACUCUUCAUGUUGUUCUGUAUCACCAAGGACUACUAUGUAUUUUUUGGGUGGGAGGGGCAUGUCCAACUGUGUAUCCUAGUUCGUAUCAUUAUGUAUCAGUUUAAUUUUAGUGACUUGUUCUUCUGGUGAAAUGGUAUUUGUAAUGUACAUUUGGUCAUGUAUGGUUGAAUAUUAGUCGUAAUUCUCUUUGAUGAUUUAUGUGAACCCUCAUUCAUUUGAGUACU